AUGAACUCGAACAUAAAAAACUUAUCAAAUGAUACAGAAAAAACUUUUAAUGAUACACAAGAAGAGAAUAAUGAAAUAAUAGACGAUAAUAAUAAUGAAAACAACAAUAAUAAUAAUAAUAAUAAUAAUAAUAUAUUAAAUAAAGAAAUUGAAAUAAUAAAUAAUAAUAUUAAUAAUAAUAAUAAUAGUGAAAAUUCAACAGAAAUUGAUAACUCAACAGCAAGUAAUGGUGAUAAUAUUUCAGAGAUUGAUUCUACACCAUCAUCACCAUGUGUAUUUAGUUCAUCAUCAGCUUCAUCAUCAUUUUCAAAUUUAGGAUCUUGCAUAUCAACAUCAACAUCAAGUUCAACCAAUAAUUUAAUAUCAUCAACCAAUUCAUUACAACAACAAAUUCAAAGACAAACUAAACCAAAGAAAAUCAUUGAAGGUGAAUUAAUAAAGAGAGGACAUAUAUUCCCAAGUUGGAGGACUAGAUGGUUUAGGAUUGAAAAUGGAUUUCUAUUAUAUUUUAAAAGUAAAAAUGAACCUGAACCAAUUGAUAGAGUUCCAUUAAGAGGUUCAAGAGUUUCAAAAAAACCAUUUCAUGAUAGACCAAAUACUUUUGAAUUAAUUGCAACAACAAAAAUGAAAAUAUUUUUACUACAAGCAAAAGAUGUUGAUGAAUUGGAUUUUUGGAUGGAUGAAAUUAUCAAAGAAACUGAAUUUGCAAGAAGUUUAUAUUCAAGAACUGUUUCAUAA